AUGUCGCUUCAAUCGGCCUGUUGUGGCGACGCCCGAGCCAAAAUGUCUCCUCCCACAACUGAGGUGACGCCACACAACCUCUCAGGCGUUUUGGAGGGGAUCAAUGAUGGCUUAGGUACUUUGCUCCACCUCGUCCAGCAAUGCUGUUCAGAGCAGCAGCAGCUGAAGAACCUGGCCAUUAUCAAUCGGGAAAUGAUGCUGCGGCAAGAGAGGCAGUUGAAAGAGAUAAAUGAGGAGCAUUGGCACCGGCGCAAGGGUGAGGUCACCUUUGCAGAGGACAAUCAAGAGGAUGAGGAUAAGGAGACGGACAAAGAGCAUGAAGUACAAUUGAGCCCAAGAUGCGAGGUGACAAGAUCGUUUGGACCACAAUGUCGCAGAGUUCAGUUGACUCAAGUUGCCCAAGUGGCUUUGGAAUUGCCAAAAGAAGAGCCAGCAGCCACUUUGAAUGUCUGUCAGAAAGGUUCUGAGGCCGGCCGCAUGGGCAAAGCUAUCACGUCGCGAAGCUCUCCUCGAUUUGGUCAGAGGUUCGUCACCAACGAAGAAUCCCAAGACUCCGUCACCUUCCAGAUUGCAGGCCUAGCUUCCACGGCAUCACCUCGAAGAACAAUGGCACGCUCUGCGAGGCAAAUGGCUAGCAGCACUGCUCUUGGCCGUUACUUCUUCGACCAGUUCUUCGAUGCGAUUGAGCUCUUCGCGCAGUGCAGGGAGCCGGAGAGAACGGGAAUGCUGGCCAAUAUCGUGAAUAGCAAUCGAUUUGGAGGUCUUUGCAUGUUGGUGAUCCUGUUAAAUGCCAUUCUCAUCUCCUACAUGUCCGACCAAGAAAUGAAGAGCCCAGGUGCUCCAACACCGUAUGCAUUGAUGAUGAUUGAAUUGGGCUUUGCUUGCUUCUAUGCUGUCGAGAUCCUCUUGAAGUUGGCAGUUCAUCGACUCUAUUUCUUCAUCAAUGACGACAUGCGCUGGAAUAUUUUUGACCUAGCACUGGUCAUUUUCUCCGGAGUUGAGAUCACCUCCUCCUUCAUUCUGGUGUCUGAAGGAGUUGCCAACGAGGGUAUGAACCUUACCUUCUUGCGCUUGCUGCGCCUCUGCAAGAUAGCGAAGGUGUAUAGCAAUGCUAUUUUUUGUAAUGUUUAUUUUUUCCUUGCUGCUGGUGCAAGGCUUGGCAGACUAUCUGGGGCAGUAUGCAAGGGACAACGGAGCACAAAGCCUGGAAGAUCCCCAUGUAGGUGA